CCCCCUCUCCCUCCCUUUUAUGAGACCUCCGUAAACCUGACGUUUCUCGACAGUAAUACCUCAUUGAUCUCCGCUUUGGCUUCAUACGUCACUGCGGUCGCAUCGCAGUUCCGACUCGCAAUUCUAUCCAGGCAUAAACAGUGAGUCUGGAUAGUGAUGGGGUACGAGUGACGUGGUUUAACUCCUUAGAAGUAUUCAUACCUCACAACAACAUCUUGAUUUUCUCCAACCGUUCACCCGUCAACGAUAAUGUCGACCUCCGAGACUAUGACGUCCCGACAUCCCCGUCGUGGGCGGGUUAUCAACUCACCUCCUCCGUCUCUGCUCGCCUCUUCAGAGACACCGUCAGCUUCUCGGACCCGUCUUCGUAUGAAGAAGGGGGACACCUUUCAUUACACUACCUCUUCGCCUUCAGACGGCCUGCUCCUCAAUCUCCCGCUUUUGCCUCGCUCUCCGACUAGUCCCGGAGCUCUCGAGGCUAUCGCAGCCGGUCAGGAACGCAUGUCUAAGAUCUUGGGUCGCAUCGAAAGUGGUUCUUUCCGUACGCGUGGCCGGUUCGACGAAGAAGAUGAAUCUUCUGAUUCCAAUGAUAGUUUGGAGGCCCAUUUUCAGCGGUUGAAGUUAAGCAAGGAAGAUCUCGACAAACGAUUUGCGAAGAAGAACCGAAGGACACACUGCCACGCUUCCGAUAGUGGGCUAGGAACUUCGAUCAGCAGCCGUCAGUCCACGUCUUCUAAACAAGAGAAAGCUGGCAAAUCGGCCUCCAAAUCCCAGACACUGUCUGCCGUCCUAAGCUCCUUUCAUCCUGCCGAAGAUGAGGCUGUACUCAAGCAGAAGCUCAGCCCUGCGUCAUGCCUGGAAAUUGAGAACCGCAUCUUGAAACCUCUUCUGGGAAUGGAGCCAUGCAAGCCCUUUCGUCAUAUCGUGGAGGGUGCUCGUCAACAAAUGGAAAGCGAUAAGUUUAGGACUCUGCGUGAUCUUGAGAAGGCGCUGCUCUACGUAGCUGCAGAUGUCGAGGCCGAACUCAGCUUUUACUAUCAAUUCUGCAACUCAACCAUCUUGUGUUUGCAUGAGACCUACACCACUGUUGACCCUCGUGACUUGUGCAUGCCAGCCGAUCGCCCCUACAGCAACUCUUACUUCCUCGAUCUGACCGCUCAAGUCCACCGUUUCAAAGCCAUGAGGGAUGAGGCUCGUAAGAACAAGGAGGAAAUGCCGAAGCUUGUUGUGGAGGGUGGUAUGGCCGAGACAGGGCGUCCACUUGAGCUCGUUGUCGAAAAAGAUGGCGAAAUGAUUUCACUGGAGAGCGGGAAACCCUACGACGCGCUUGCCGUUCCUAUGGUGAAGCGAACUUUGAGUCUGGGAGCCACUGAUGAGGGCGCUAGGCGGUCUAUGGCUCGGCGCAAGAAGAACGCCCCUCCCAUGAACAUCAAUACAAAAUGCUCCCACUGCGAUAAAAUCUUCCAAAGACCUUGUGAUUUGACCAAACACGAAAAGACUCAUUCACGGCCUUUCAAAUGCCCCUUCGAAGGAUGCAAGUAUUACGAGCUUGGCUGGCCCACCGAGAAGGAAAACGAGCGCCAUAUUAAUGAUCGCCACUCUUCCACUCCUCGCAUGUAUGCCUGCACUUUCAAUGGUUGCUCGUACAAGUCCAAGCGCGAGAGUAACUGCAAGCAGCACAUGGAGAAAGCCCAUGGAUGGAACUAUGUGCGCGCGAAGAACAAUGGACGCAAUGCCAAGCGUCGUCCCUCACCGGUACAAGCCAGCCCUGCUCAAGACAGUGUCGCCCAGCCCAGCCCGCAGCAACUGAGUCCCGGCCAAGCUAGCUCCGUCAAUCUGGCACCGUCUCAGAUGACCCCUCUGCAGAUGAGCCCUGACCACAUGAGCUCACUUCCAAUGAUUCCGGACCACCUGGAUUCCCUGCAAAUGACUCCAGAGCACUACAGCCCGGAGAACUACAGCCCUGAGAACUACAGCCCUGAGCGCUACACCUCGGAGCAUUAUAGUCCAUCUAACCAGAUGCACUCUGUGCAACUGAGCCCUGCUCCCAUCAGCUCCGGCCAACUCAGUCCGGCGCAAGCGAGCCACACUCAAGCAAGCACUCCCGCAUCAGGCCCGAUCCAGUCGCCGACUGGGUUUUUGAACACUUAUGCACAAAGCCAGAUGUUCCAGCUUCAAGACCCUUUCACGCAAUUGAAGAACGAGGACUGCCUCUUGUACAUGGACAACGACUUUGCCAACGACUUUGCCACGUUCAACAACGGAACGUCUGGCUUCUUUGAAGACGCUUCCUUCGGCUACACCGACCCCAUGUACCAGCCGGGACCAGUCGAUAUGAGUGCCAUUGAAGCCUUGUGUGACGACCCUUAUAUGAACAACGUGUUCAUAGACACUUUCGGCACUGGGACUGGUACCGAUGAGAGCAUGUUCCCGACCUUCAAUCAAGGCGGCAUGCCUCAAUUCUAGAUCUCCGCCUUGGGUUUUCGGGGUUGACUUCUAAAAAAAAAAGAAUGAGCAUUUCUGUCUUUUCUCUUCUCUAUUCAUCUGCUUGCUUACGCAAGUCCAGGGACAUAUCCAUCUAGCCUUUCUAGCCUGUUAUCUUCGUUCUUUU